GGCCAGUCCCGGCCUAAUUGCCGUUACGUGUAGACGUGUCCAAAUAAGUUUGGACCUAUAUGGAUAUUUUUUUUGGAACUUGUACUUUGGUACCUUAGCAGAAAGACUAUUUGAGAAAGUCUGUAAAUAAAGUAAAAUAUACAGAAGAAGAAGAGAGAGAGUGUGUAAAUUGAUAAGUCUUCAGCGUAAAAGUAUUUUCACGAAUACGAUGGAAGACAUUCAAUUCCCGUCGGAUUUUGUAUGUUCUACUAUGUGGGUGAAGAGAGGCGUUGCCGCAACCAAUCCCCAGGAGAUCUUAUUAAAACCUGCUGAUUUCGAGAAUAUUGUAAAGCAGAUUCAAGCUUUUUUAUAUAGUGAUAUAAACACAGAUAAUGAUUCAGAUAAAGAGAUAGAUUCAUCCAGAGAGCAAUCUGAUAUAUUAAGAGGAUUUCCUGCAUCUGUCUCUAGUGGUGAUGAAUAUAAUUUCACCAACUAUGAUAAUGAGACGGGCAAUGUGCAUUGUCAUAUUGCUAAUAUAGCCAGCUUUGAUGUCAAUGGCAAGGAUCCUCUUAUAACAAAUGAUGAUGAUGAUGAUUCUGAUAAAGAAGAUGACAUUAUCAAGAAUGAUGACAACUUGUUCUUAAUUGCACAAAAUAGCAAAGAUGUAGCUACUUUAGAAGUACAUGUAUAUAAUGAAGAAGAAGGAUCCUUUUAUUGUCAUCAUGAACUACCUAUUUCUUCUUAUCCAUUAUGUAUGGAGUGGCUUAAUUAUGAUCCUGAUGAUCCAAAACCAGGCAAUUUAUGUGCAAUUGGUAACAUGACUCCUAUAAUUGAAGUAUGGGACUUGGACUUACUGAAUAGUGUAGAACCAGCCUAUAAACUUGGUUGUAAAUCAAAUAAGAAGAAAGGACAGAAGCGUGUUGGACAUAAAAAUGGGGUUUUAGACUUGGCCUGGAAUCAAAAUUACACACAUAUUCUUGCUAGUGGUUCAGCUGACAAGACGAUUUUGCUAUGGGAUUUAGAAAAUUGCAAACCUGUGACUAAGCUCGACUCGUUUAGAAAAGAAGUAGCUUCGUUGAAAUGGCAUCCACAGGAAACUCAUAGACUGUUAACAGGAUGUCUAGACAAAACAAUACGAUUAUUUGACUGCAAAGAAGAAACUGUUGUGAAAAGUUGGGAUGUACAGACAGCAGUGGAAAAAGUGCUAUGGAAUCAAUAUAACACAAAUUACUGUAUUGCUAGUUUAACCGAAGGUCAUAUAUCGUACUUUGAUGUAAGAGCAGACAAAGCUGUUUGGGAAAUCAAGCCUCACAAUGAGGAUGUCUCAGGUCUUAUUCUCAGUGCCUCAUAUCCAGGUCUGUUAGUAUCUUCCUCAGACGAUGGUUUAAUAAAGGUGUGGGAUAUCAUCAACCAUGAACCUACACUUGUGUGGGAAAAAGAAGUUCCAAGCUAUAUAGUUUGCAUCGCAGCGAAUCCGGAUAAUGGAUUCAUAUUUGGUAUCUGUAGAACGAAGAAACCGUCGGGGACGCACACCGAAGUGUUGGACUUCUCGGUGAUCCCAGAAGUGCGGGACAGAUUCGCGGAUCGCGUUGCGUCACAUUCUCCUGCAGGAGGAUUCAAACAAAGCGAAACGGUGAACGUUAUCGAAAAAAUGGAAGAUAUGGAAAUCGAUGAAUAAAAAGAAGUAGAUGUAAUAUAUGUGAUACUCAAAAUACAAACGAAGUUUGUGAGUGUUCACGGAAACUAUAAAUCAAAUCUUCGACUCUCUCUUUGUAUAUAUUUUUUUUAUACAAAUAGUUGAUUAGAUUGUAAAGAUCUAUCGAUAUAAAAUAAUGAGAGAGGGCUAUUAAAAAACGCUUGCGUUGUCUUUGAAAA